AAAUUGUUGAUUUUGAUACCCAAAAUCUCAAUGCCUUAUCUUCAACUCAAGCCAUCUUUCUUGGAUUCUCCACCAUUCACUUCUGCUAUCUCCCUUACUGUAUGGUCACACAGAUCCUAGCUUGGUUGCUUGUGUUUCUCACAUCACCUGUAUUUUCCUCCACCGUUUCUCUCUUCCUCAUUUUCCCGUUUUGUGUUAUAUUUUCCCAGAUUUUUUCUCUUUCCUUUUUCUUUUCCUCCUUUAUUUUCUCAAGACAUAGUCUUCGUUCUUAAGUUUUUCUCUUUGAAAGUUCUGGUAAUAAAAGAAGAAGCUUUUUUAAGAAACAAACGGAGAUCUUGGUUAAAAACGAGUAGCAGUGAGAAAUACUGAAACUGAGUUGAACAGAGUUCGAAGGUUAAUAUAAAGAUGAAAAUCCAGUGUGAUGUUUGUGAAAAAGCUCCAGCAACAGUGAUAUGUUGUGCAGACGAGGCUGCACUUUGUGCUAAAUGUGAUGUUGAAGUUCAUGCAGCUAACAAGCUUGCAAGUAAGCACCAAAGGAUUCUUCUUCAGUGCCUUUCAAACAAGCUUCCUCCUUGUGAUAUAUGUCAGGAAAAAACAGCUUUCAUUUUUUGUGUUGAAGAUAGAGCCCUUUUUUGCAAGGAUUGUGAUGAACCUAUUCAUUCAGUUGGCAGCCUUUCUGCAAAUCAUCAAAGGUUCCUAGCCACAGGAAUCCGUGUUGCCUUAAGUUCUAGUUGCAAUAAGAAUACUGAAAAGAAUGGGUUGGAGCCGCCCAACAAGAGUGCACCUCAGACCGCAAUGAAAAUGCCAGCACAGCAACAGUCAAGCUUUGCAUCUUCAUGGGCUGUUGAUGAUCUGUUGCAGUUUUCGGAUAUUGGAUCUCCUGACAAGAAAGAGCAUCUUGAGCUUGGAGAGCUUGAAUGGCUAGCAGACAUGGGUCUUUUUGGUGAUCAAUUGCCUGAGGAGGCUUUAGCAGCAGCUGAAGUUCCUCAACUUCCAAUACCACAGUUAUGCAAUUUCAACUCAUACAGACCUACCAAACAUUCCAUGCCCCUUAAGAAGCCUAGACUUGAAAUCCCAGAUGAUAAUUAUGAGUUCUUUACAGUCCCUGAUCUCGGUUGAGUGGAUGUAAAUAGACUUGUGUGUCAAUAGUUUGAUCGACUAUAUAUUUAUACUUUCAUAUGUACGUAUACUUAACCACCUGCACAUGCAUAGCGGAAGUCUUGGGUGGCAAAAUGUUCUUGAGAAUACGUAACUCUUGGUCAUGCCUGUCUUAGAAAAUGUCCCAGUAUCUGUCAUGAUAUUUCUUGUGAAAGCUGACAUUUAAGAUGAGAUUAAACCAACACUUGGUCUGUUGAUGUUUGAAUUUGAGUCUGACAAAUUUUGGGUAAUUUAAAAAAACUGUAGCCAGAAAAUAAAUCAUAAGAUUAUUGUCUGAACAGAAAACUUUGAACUGCAAUUACUCAAGACUUAGAACUCUGAAGUUGUCAUGGAUGUAGAAGGUAACGACUGACACCAUGAUCAGUGUGAUUAUGCCUUCUAUUUCAUUACAAAGGGAGUGAGAAUGGGGAUUGGCAGCUAUACCAAAACAAUUUAGAUAUUUGGUGAGAGAGCCCAGCUCUGGGUUUGGGACUGAUUUGCUUUCCAGGUUCCCUUUUGACCUCUAGGGGUAGAAACUGGAAACUAGAAAUGCUUUGCACCUUUUGCAUGAUCAUUUUCCCCUAUUCUUUUGGACCUUUUGAAAUUUAGAUUCCAUUCAUGAAAAGAAGUGGGUUGAAAUGGUAAGAUUGAACUCUCUGCCUAACUUCAAACCAGUUAACCACCUUUCGACCUGACUUUAGGUGUCCUUAGUUUGGCAUGAUCAUACUUUCUAAGAGUAAAUCUCCAUUUCCAGACCCUGGUGAAGAACUAUUUAUAAGUUAUUCCCAGCUGCUAAGAUGACAGCAAUUCCUCAAACCAAAUGGCCAGAGACAUGCGUCACUCCGUCUUCUCUUCAUUUUCCAUGAUCUUUCCUAUAGUUCUAACUUCUAUUCUUUCACUUGUUCAUUCAUUGACCUUAAAAUCAGAUAUUGAAGCUCUUCAAUCCCUGAAAAGUUCCGUUGAUCCCAACAUGAUUCCAGCGUCAUCUUACCUCACUACUUAGGAUUUCUCAGCGGAUCCAUGUGAAAGUACAGGCAAUUUUUUCACUGGCAGCAUCUCAGGAUGGAUCCAUGGAUUGAACAAGGUUGAAAGAAUAGACCUCUCGAGAAACCUCCUCUCAGGUCAGAUCCCUGCCAGGAUUUCUGAACUACGAAGAUUGACUC